AUGCUGGAGGAUUUAGAUGUUUUCGCUGCUAAUGAUAGAUGGAUUGAAUCAUGUAUAGCUCAUACAGAGGAUUUUCUUAAACCAUUUAGGUCUGUCUUAUCAACUGAGAAUAACGAUCGACUUGUAUUGAUUCUCAUAAACGAAAUUUUGCAUCAACUUGAUCAAUUUAUUCAAAGGAAAUCAUUCAGUAGAUUUGGAGCUAUUCAACUAGAGAAAGAAUAUCAUAAUUUGUUUGCCUAUUUAACAUCGAUAUCUUACAAUUCGUUGCGUGAUUAUUUCACGCGUAGCUUACAGAUCUGUAGACUUUUAAAUUUGGAUCGAGUUGAAGAAGUCCAUUAUUAUUGGAAUAGUUCUAGUUGGCGUCUUACUGCACACGAGGUCAGAAGUAUUCUAUCUCUAAGACGUGAUUUCGCUGUCAAUGAAAUUCGAUCACUUAAACUACAAUGA